CAGUGUUUCAGACUCCAGUUUGUACUUCUGUUUGGCAGUUCAGGGUAAUGAAGCUACAAUGGACAUAAUCCAAAGCUGUGUCCUGUUUUUGUGGCUGCAUACACUCACCUCUGUGAGCAGUGAAGAUUGUACACUUCAGGACUUUGUAAAUGGGGACCUGUAUGAUAGAAAUUUUAACACAGUUGGUCUGCAGUCCAGCUACUCUCCUGGAGAGGAAGUAAGAGUGGGCUGCACUGUUGGUUAUACUGGCUUUUUCAAACUGCAAUGUAUGCGGGGUCGAUGGCAGGCCAUAGGCAAAGCAUGUCAACGGAAAUCAUGUGGUCAUCCUGGCGAUGCGCAGUUUGCAGAUUUUAUUCUGGAAGGCGAAGAUUUUGUCUUUGGGUCGCAAGUUGUAUACACCUGUCACAAAGGUUAUCAAAUGGUCAGUCGCAGAAACACCCGUCGUUGCAUGGAGAAAGGCUGGGACGGUACCCUUCCUGUCUGUGAAGCCCUGCAAUGCCCAGUGAUAUCAGCAGACAAUAAUGUUCAGAUGAUUGGUGAUGCAGAUGAGGCAAACUAUGGCAACGUGCUUCGAUUUACCUGCAGGUCCAGCAAUGAAAUCCUGUAUGGGUCACAGCAGAUCUAUUGUAAUGAGCAUGGAGAAUGGAGUGAUGAAGUUCCAAAAUGCAGAGAGGUGACAUGUCCGGUACCAGUGAUUGAAAAUGGAUAUGUGCUUGGAAAUAUCCAAGAGUACAAACAACAUGAAUACUUGGAAUUUGAGUGCAAUCCGACAUAUAAGCGCUCUGAGGCCAGAGAUCCAACAUGCACAAGAUUAGGUACAAGAGCAGGGUGGAGCCCCACACCUGUGUGUGAACCAAUAACAUGCAAACUGCCACAGUUUCCAGUCGGAGGAGCCACUUAUGACCCUCCUUUCAGAAAUGUGUUUCCACCUGGUGGAACAGUAAAAAUAACAUGUGGAGACAACUACUACAUUUCCCGCCCUCAAGACAUCUCAGCAGUUGCUACAUGCAAAGAUGAUGGAGAGUGGAGUUUCGAACUAACAUGCAGAGAGGUUACAUGCAACCGUCCACGAGACCCAACUUUGUAUGACUGGAGGAAUUGGGAUCAAAGAGUAAUGUUGCGGGAUACUGUACGUUAUUCAUGUAGGGGAGGCUAUAAGAGAACAGGUGGUGCCACUGAGGCCACAUGCACCAGAGAUGGGUGGAGACCAAAUCCACUCUGUCAAGAAAUUACUUGCAACAGACGUGAUUUCCAGAAUGCAGAAGUUCAAAACCCUCAGCAGAUAUACAGGAACGGUGAACGGGCCAGUUAUGUCUGCAAGGAUGGUUAUAAAGGAAAUUUUUAUCUAACCUGUGAAGAAAAUGGUUGGAGAGGGCAACAACAAUGUAGAGCGGUAACAUGCAAAGUAAAAAAUUACAACAGCGCAGACAUUGAUGGAAGAGUUCAGUCAGUAUACAGGUACAAUGACCAGGUUGAGUAUGUCUGCAAGGACGGCUUUAAGGGACGUUUUUCUCUAACCUGUGGACAAAGCGGUUGGGUCGGGUCUCCUGAUUGUACAAGUUUGCAAGCGUCUUUCACUUGUUGCUGCAGUCACAGAUUAGAGAAAGCUCCGGUUAGCGAGCUGAGCCGUGUGUCAAAGCUUCCACUUGCCAGUAACCAGUCUCUACAUUUAUUUUGUCCAGAGGUAACAUGCAGAAGAAAAGAUAUCCCAUAUGCAGACAUUGAAGGAAAAUCUCGGCAGGUAUACACGUACAGUGAUCGGGUUCAUUAUAAUUGCAAGGAUGGUCGUGAGGGAAGUUUUUCUCUAACCUGUGGACAAAAUGGUUGGGAAGGGUCUGAAGAUUGUAGAGAGAUAACAUGCAAUAGAAAAUAUUUCCAGAACGCAGACAUUGAAGGAACAGCUAAGUUAGUGUACAAGUACAAUGAACGGGUUCAGUAUGUCUGCAAGAAUAAUCAUGAUGGACGUUUUUCUCUAACCUGUGGACAAAAGGAUUGGGAAGGGUCUGAAGAUUGUAGAGUUCAUACAGAAUGUAAAAAACCCGACAUUCAACAUGGAUUUAUGGUUGGCCCAUACAAUGAGACACUGUACUACACCUGUGAGGAAGGUUAUAAGCUUGUGACUAAACCCUGGUGGGGUGAAACCAAAUGUGGCAGCAAGGAGGCUCUUGCACAGUGUAUCGAGGAAAGCGCAUGUGGAGAACUUCCUGCGAUUCCUCAUAUGGAAGUGGAAUCUCAACGUAAUAAUUAUAUGCACGGUGAAAGUGUCACAAUUAAUUGUAAGGAAGGAUACGUCGCUCAGUUUGUUCGCUUAACGUGUGAUGAGGGAAAAUGGAAUGACAGUGAAACAUCACUCGAAAAAAUCUGUCAACCUAUUCUCAGUCACUGUGCUCCCCCGCCUAAAGUUGCUAAUGCUGUUGUUGUGACUUCACGUCAGAAGGAAUACACGUCUGGCUCUGAAGCAACUUAUCAAUGCCGUGAUCAAUAUACAAUCAAGGGAGUCGCCACAGUUACAUGCAUCAAUGGGACAUGGGGGGAGAGGAACUUUACGUGCACAUCUAAUGGCAAUCCCUGCCCUAACCCACCUGAAGUUGCACAUGCUGUUGUUGAAACUUCAGAUCAGACGGAAUACACGUCUGGCUCUAAAGUAACUUAUCAAUGCCGUGAUCAUUAUACAAUGGAGGGAGUCGGCAGAAUUACUUGCAUCAAUGGGCAAUGGGAGGAGGAGAAGUUUACAUGUAGUCUUGCACCUAAUGGCAAUCCCUGCCCUAACCCACCUGAAGUUGCACAUGCUGUUGUUGACACUUCAGAUCAGACGGAAUACACGUCUGGCUCUAAAGUAACUUAUCAAUGCCUGUUUUCAUCUCUUUCAGCUAAUGGCAAUCCCUGCCCUAACCCACCUGAAGUUGCACAUGCUGUUGUUGACACUUCAGAUCAGACGGAAUACACGUCUGGCUCUAAAGUAACUUAUCAAUGCCGUGAUCAUUAUACAAUGGAGGGAGUCGGCAGAAUUACUUGCAUCAAUGGGCAAUGGGAGGAGGAGAAGUUUACAUGUAGUCCUACACUACAACAAUGUGAACGUCCUGAUGAAAUUCCCAAUGGCUAUUUUGAAAUUGUCCGUGGUACACAUGAUUUUCUCUUUGGAACAGUUAUCAAAUACUAUUGUAAUGAAGGGUACCACAUGAUCAGUAAGGUUGACACCCGCAAUUGUUUGCUUGGCUCAUGGUCCCAUGAUCUGCCGAUAUGUGCUCCUUCAAGCUGUGACCGCCCACCUACAGACGGAGGGGUUACAGUAAAUGGGUUACCACAGAAUGAUGAUCCAAUACUUCCUGAUCAUGUCCUCAUGUUCAGCUGUGACGGUCCAGGGAAAUAUCUGAAUGGCAGUUCAGUGCUGACAUGUGGUCAAGAUGGACAAUGGGAUAAUCCAUUCCCUUCAUGCAUAGGAGGCUGCGAAGUCACAGGCUUACCACCCAACAUACGCCUCAGCAUGCAUGGAGUAGGUGAUCAACUAACAGAAGGACAAAAGUUAAGAUUUUAUUGCCCCCUGCGUGGUCAGACUCUUCGUGGGACAGCAGAAGUUGAAUGUUUAGCAAAUGGACAGUGGAGUCAUCCUUUUCCAACAUGUGGAGCUCAUUUUGAUUGUGGGAGACCACCACCUCUUGACAAUGGAGACCUCAAGGAAUCUCAACGGAACCAGUACAGAAACAAUGAACGGGUUGAAUACGUCUGCCAGAAUUACCACAUUAUGGAUGGUUACCCCUUCCGAACAUGCAACAAUGGUGAAUGGACUGGACAGAUGAGAUGCCUCAAACCCUGCACUGUGGAUAGCGAAGCCAUGAACAACCGUAAUAUUAGAUUCAGAUUUAGUUAUGACAAUAAGAAGUAUUCAACCCAUGGUGAUGAAAUGGAGUUCAUGUGUGCCAGAGGAAGACCUGUCCGCACAGUGGCAAUGCGUCAGUUGUGUCGUGAUGGUGUGAUUGACCUGCCAUCUUGCCAGUAAAGCUUUUUAGUCAACCUGAUGUGAUAAACAUGAGCUGUUUGGACAAACAUGUAUAUGAUUAACCAGACUAAAGUCAUGUGCUGAUCCAGUGUCUAUACUUAAGUGCUGUGUUUGGUCUUUUUACUGUAAUAAAUCAUAUAUGUUUACUCACUCUG